CUCGCUGCUUUGCCUUCCUCUUUGAAUGCUGCGGACAAUAAAACCUAAAAAUGCGCGAUCAAAGCGCGCCCUUCAGGCUCGCGAGCCAAAGGAGGUCGAAGGCCCUCGCACAGCGAUAUUUGUUCGCGGAACACAUGCUGGGGACAAGGUUCAAAACGCUAUGAAGGAGCUCAUGGCCCUCAAACGUCCGCACGCCAUCUCCUUCUCGAAGAAGAACGCCGUCCGCCCGUUCGAGGACACCUCCUCGCUUGAGUUCUGGGCGCAGAAGAACGACGCAAGCCUUUUCGUCGUUGGACAAAGCACUAAAAAGCGUCCUGGCGGCAUGACCUUUGUGCGUAUGUUCGAUAACCGAGUGUUCGACAUGCUCGAGGUCGGGAUUGAGGACUUUGUGUCCAUGCAAGAGUUCAAAACACCAAAAAGCACGCCGGGACAUAAACCACUCAUGCACUUUGCCUCUGAACUGUUCACGACUCAUCCGCGACUGGUGCAACUGAAGUCGUUUUUACUCUCUUUUUUCAAUGGUGAAGAAAUUGACGGAAUUCACCUUGCGGGACUCGGACAUGUCGUCUCUGUCACACUCGGUCCUACACCGCCCUCGCUAUCUUCGACCACCUCUGCGACUGCCACACUUGGCGCAAUCACAGGCGAUGUGCAGCCACAAGGCGAAGCGCUGCCCAAGGUCCAUAUUCGCUCGUACACGAUCCGAUUACUUGCGUCGGGUACUAGGGUGCCGCGCGUCGAGCUCACGCCAAUGGGGCCCUCGCUCGACCUUGUCCUACGGCGACACCAAGACGCGGACCCCGAGCUGCUCAAGCAGGCGCUGAGACGGCCAAAGCUCAAGAAGCAGGACGUCGAGAAAGGCCUUGGCAAGAAGCAAAAGAACUUAGAGGUCGACGAGAUGGGCGACCUUCGUGGAAAGAUACACGUCGCGAAGCAGAAUCUCGGCAAGCUCCAGACGCGCAAGAUGAAGGGGCUUAAAUCCUCGAAGGAAGAGAGCGUAGAUGUUGAUGAGGAUGACGAAGACGACGAAGGCGUAUAUGCAGAUGCAGGGCGGAAACGGAGACGGACGGAGUAAACUCUGCUACUGUCGGUGUGUACGUUUCUCCGUGAACUCUUGCUUUUAUUAUACGUCCGCUCUCCCUGCCGCUAAAUGCAAGCAAGGCUUUGCGACGCAAGACCACUUAUUGACUAAGCGGUACUUCUGUUGUACUAUGGUUAUCUAGUAAUGCGCCGAGCAAGGCUAGUCACGAUUAUUAGCUUCGAACUUCUGCGUUCCUUGCUCAUUGCUUGGCAAUAUCACCGAGGACUUGGCAUAUAACAAUAACUUGAACUUUGGU